GGCGAUUUGGCCAAAAAGAAAAUCUAUCCCACGGCAUUAUUCCGGGAUCGACUCAUACCCAGGCAGACAGUGAUUGUGGGCUACGCGCGGACCAAACUAUCCGGCGAUGACCUCAAGAAUAAUAUAUCGAAAUAUAUAAAACUGAAAGACGAGACCGAAAGGGAGAAGUUCGACAAAUUCAUUGAACGGAAUAGUUAUGUGAACGGCGCUUACGACGAGUCCCAGGCCUUCAGGAAUCUGAACGAAAAGGCAAAGGAGUUGGAGAAUGGCUACGAGAAAGUGAAUCGACUCUUCUAUUUGGCGCUUCCGCCCAACGUCUUCGCGCCCGUCACUAAACACAUCAAAGAGGAGUUGAUGUCACCCACGGGGUGGAGUCGUGUUAUCAUUGAGAAGCCCUUUGGCCACGACUUUGACUCAUCGGCUCAACUCUCCAAACACUUGGCCUCUCUCUUCAACGAGGAUGAGAUCUAUCGCAUUGACCACUAUUUAGGCAAAGAGAUGGUCCAGAAUCUGAUGAUUUUGCGGUUCGGCAACAGAAUAUUUAACCCGAUUUGGAAUCGCGAUAACAUCGCCUCCAUUCAGAUCACGUUUAAAGAGCCGUUUGGGACACAGGGAAGGGGCGGUUAUUUCGACACAUUCGGCAUUAUUCGCGAUAUUAUGCAAAACCAUUUGUUGCAGAUCUUGUGUUUGGUUGCGAUGGAGAAACCCGUCUCUUCGCGCGCUGAAGACAUCAGAGAUGAAAAAGUCAAAGUAUUAAAAUGUAUGCAAACCCUAACUACCGAUGAUAUCGUUUUGGGCCAAUACGUGGGCGAUAAGGCCGGUGAGGGAGACGCCAAAUACGGCUAUUUAGACGACCCGACAGUUCCUCCCGGUUCUACCACUCCAACGUUUGCGUUGGGUUUGUGUCGUAUUAAUAACGAGCGCUGGGAUGGCGUUCCCUUCUUCAUGCGUUGCGGCAAAGCGACAAAUGAGCGAAAAGCGGAAAUCCGUAUUCAGUUCCGGGAUGUGGCCGGAGAUAUAUUCAACGGUCAGUGCAAACGCAAUGAACUUGUCAUCCGAGUUCAACCCGGAGAAGCCGUUUACGUCAAGUUCAUGACUAAAGCGCCGGGAAUGUCGUUCAAACUCGAAGAGACGGAACUGGACCUCACGUACACCAGUCGUUAUAAGAAUAUCUUUAGCACUGAAUCCAAUGCACAACAAAAUCAA